AUGGCAAUUCCCAUUCUUCCGUACAGUGACAACAUUCGAAGGAUUCACACUAGGCCUUCGUAUCAUAUGCAUUCAAUCGCCUCCAAACGAUGCUUAGUGAGGUCGAAUGCAUGGGGCAUCCGUCAAGUAUUGAUCAACGACAACAACUUUAACCUUUAG